AGAGAUAGAGAGAGAAAGAGAGAGUUGUUGCUCGUGAAAAAAGGGUUAAACGCUUUUCCGUUCCAGCUCUGAGAGCUUCUGAUCCACACAAGAGGGACACGGGUAGAAUCCAAAAAUUCGCUCUCUCCCAAAUUAACCCGCCGUUACCAAACAUUAAUAGAGCUCAUCAGCAACGAUGACGAUGACGACAGCAGCAGUCCAUAGGAGAGCUAUAAGACACCCAACUCUCCUCUCCCUCCUCUCAACCCGCAACUUCCUCAUCAUCUCCAUGGCUGCCUUCCUCUUCCUCUGCCUCUUCUCCCUCCAUUUCCUCUCCCUCCCUUCCUCCUCCUCCGCCGCCCGCCACCACCCGCAACCCCGUUCUCCUCCCUCCUCCGCCGCAGCGCCUCGGGCGCUCCAGCUGGCAUGCAAGGCCACGAGGUUCCCGGACCUCUGCGCCUCCUCCCUGUCGUCCAAGUCCCCUCCGGUGGGGUCUGACCCGACACAGAUCCUGGACGCGGCCAUCUCGGUGUCCGCCGACAACCUCAAGACGGCCCAGGGCAUGGUGAAACGUAUCCUGGACUCCUCCGCCGGGAACGCGAACCGCACCACCGCCGCUAAUAACUGCCUCCAGGUUCUCGACAACUCCGCGUACCGGACGCAGGCGACGGUCGGUGCGCUGCCACGUGGCAAGACGAAGGACGCCCGCGCGUGGCUGAGCGCCGCCCUCCUGUACCAAUACGAUUGCUGGUCGGGCCUCAAGUACGCCAACGACACCGCCCUGGUUAAUGAAACGAUGUCGUUCCUCAACUCGUUGACCAUGCUGACCAGCAACGCCCUCGGCAUGCUGGUGUCCUACGACCUCUACGAGAAAGACACCAAGUCGUGGAGGCCGCCGGUCACGGAGCGGGACGGGUUUUGGGAGCCAGGGUCUGAGUCGGGUUCGGACUUCGCGGCCGGGUUCGGGUUCCCGUCCAAUCUGACGGCGGAUGCAACAGUUUGCAAGGACGGCCGAGGUGGCUGCUACGGGAAGGUGCAGGACGCCGUUGAUGCUGCACCUGACAACGGGGCGGGCCGGUUCGUGAUCCGCAUCAGGGCCGGGAUUUACGAGGAGACUGUGAGGGUCCCGUUCGAGAAGAAGAACGUGGUGUUUGUGGGCGAUGGGGUGGGCAAGACGGUCAUCACUGGGUCCUUGAACGUGGGCCAGCCAGGGAUGUCAACUUACAACACUGCCACCGUCGGCGUCCUGGGUGAUGGAUUCAUGGCCACCGGCAUAACCUUUCAGAACACUGCCGGCCCUGAUGCUCAUCAGGCUGUUGCGUUCAGAUCAGAGAGUGACUUAUCCUUCAUAGAGAACUGCGAGUUCCUUGGGAAUCAAGAUACCCUGUAUGUCCAUGCCUUGCGCCAGUACUACAAGUCGUGCCGGAUAGAAGGCAAUGUCGACUUCAUCUUUGGGAACUCAGCCGCGUACUUCCAGGACUGCGAGAUCCUGGUGCGGCCCCGCCAGCUCAAACCUGAGAAAGGGGAGAACAACGCCAUCACAGCCCAUGGCAGGACGGAUCCCUCCCAGUCGACUGGCUUCGUGUUCCAGAACUGCCAGAUCAACGGGACAGAGGAGUACAUGAAACUGUACAACCAGAAGCCUGCAGUGCACAAGAAUUUCCUCGGCAGGCCAUGGAAGGAGUACUCAAGGACUGUCUUUAUUAACUGCAAUCUCGAAGCCCUAAUUACGCCUGCAGGGUGGAUGCCCUGGAGCGGGGACUUUGCCCUGAAGACGCUCUACUACGGGGAGUUCAAGAACACCGGGCCCAGGUCCGAUACAUCCCAGAGAGUUUCAUGGAGUAGUCAAAUUCCUGCUGAGCAUGUGGAUAACUAUUCGGUUAAGAGAUUCAUUCAAGGGGACGAGUGGAUCCCGACAUCGUCCUGAUCUUUUUGUAGGUCUUUCAGGUAGUUAUAGAGAGAAGUGCUCAGGAGUAAGUGGUGCUGGAGUUUGAGCAGCUCCUCUGUAGUUCAUUUCUAAUAACAUAUAUAAAAAUUCAUCAGGCGUUCCGAAAAUGAUCAUUGAAUGAAAGUCUUGGAGAGUUUGCGACCC